AUGCGAUUUGUCUCGGCGGCUCAAGCGACUGCAGCUGAGCACUUUGUGCAAUGCACGUCUGGUCCAAACGAGGGACAGUGGACCUGUAAAUUGUGCACCGGAAGAACGUUCAAAGACAAAGUCAAACAUAGCAAAUUAAAAACACAUAUAGACCGAGUACGACUCGAGCUUGAAAGAGUCUCUGCGGCUCAGUCCGCAACGGCAACUCCGGGUUUAUGCCCUCGCACCACAGUGCCGAACGUAUCAACAUCGUCAAGUUCGAUGUUUCCUGAGGAGCAGAAUAUACAAGCGGAUAUGCCAGACAGCCAUCACCACAUGGAUCUAUCUGAUGAUGGCCUGGCCGAAAGCUCCGAUGAGCUUGCAUCAUUAUAUGAUCCAUCCGCUCCGAAUGGAUUUGAGGAUUGGUCUCAAGACAACAGAGAGUCCAGUGUGGACAUCGACUCUUUCCUUGAAAGCACUUCCAACGACUCCGAAAGCAAUCCACGCCCACCAGUGGAUGUUGAUGCCGAACCUGCUGGGACCGACACAUGGCUUCCGUGGUACCCUUUGCGAAAGCCAGAGGUGGGCGAAUUUGGCAAGCCCCCCGUGUUUCACGCGGCUGCUCUAAUGAUGUUGGGCACCGGGCGCAACCUUAUGUCUACCGCCGAAUACAACCGCAUCCGCGCAAUUUUGAAGAGAGUUCUUAAAGUGGAUUUGCCUGAUCUCGGUCCGUACUAUUUUGCAAUGACAAGUUGA